CCGCUUCCGGUGGGGCGGUGCUCGUGCGCCGGAGCUGAGCCGGUGGGUGAGCGGCGGCCGCGGCACCCUGGGCUGUGGGCGCUACAAGGAAAGAUCUGAUUAUCAUGGACCUGCGACACUUUCUUAUGUGCCUGUCCCUGUGCACAGCCUUUGCCUUGAGCAAGCCCACGGAAAAGAAGGAUCGUGUACACCAUGAGCCUCAGCUCAGUGACAAGGUUCACAAUGAUGCCCAGAGUUUUGAUUAUGACCAUGAUGCGUUCUUGGGUGCUGAAGAAGCAAAGACCUUCGAUCAGCUGACACCAGAAGAGAGCAAGGAAAGACUUGGAAUGAUUGUAGAUAAAAUAGACGCGGAUAAAGAUGGGUUUGUGACGGAGGGGGAGCUGAAAUCCUGGAUUAAGCACGCCCAGAAGAAAUACAUAUAUGACAAUGUUGAAAACCAAUGGCAGGAGUUUGAUUUGAAUCAAGACGGCUUAAUCUCCUGGGAUGAGUACAGAAACGUGACUUAUGGCACUUACCUGGAUGAUCCAGACCCUGAUGAUGGAUUUAACUAUAAACAGAUGAUGGUUAGAGAUGAGCGGAGGUUUAAAAUGGCAGACAAGGAUGGAGACCUCAUUGCCACAAAGGAGGAAUUCACAGCUUUCCUGCACCCUGAGGAGUAUGAAUACAUGAAGGAUAUAGUAGUACAGGAAACAAUGGAGGAUAUAGAUAAGAAUGCUGAUGGUUUGAUUGAUCUAGAAGAGUAUAUUGGUGACAUGUACAGCCAUGAUGGAAAUGCUGAUGAGCCAGAAUGGGUAAAGACAGAGAGAGAACAAUUUGUUGAGUUUCGAGAUAAGAACCGUGAUGGGAAGAUGGAUAAGGAAGAGACCAAAGACUGGAUCCUCCCCUCAGACUAUGAUCAUGCAGAGGCAGAAGCCAGGCACCUAGUCUAUGAAUCAGACCAAAAUAAGGAUGGCAAGCUUACCAAGGAGGAGAUUGUUGAUAAGUAUGAUUUAUUUGUGGGCAGCCAGGCCACAGAUUUUGGUGAGGCCUUAGUACGGCAUGAUGAGUUCUGAGCUACAGACAGAGGAACCCACGUUUCUUUGAAAGUAAUUUAUUUUUACAGCUUCUGGUUUCACAUGAAAUUGUUUGCGCUACUGAGACUGUUAUUACAAACUUUUUAAGACAUGAAAAGCUGUAACAAAAAUGAUCCCGUCCCCAUUCCUCCUCCUCUCUGAGGGACCGGAGGGAAACCGUGCUUCUGAGGAACAACUCUAAUUAGUACACUUGUGUUUGUAGAUUUACACUUUGUAUUAUGUAUAACAUGUGUGUUUAUUUUUGUAUUUGUUCUCUGGUUGGGAGUAUGAUAUGAAGGAUCAAGAUCCUCAACUCACACUUUGUAGGCAAACAUUAGCCCUUCACUCUUUCUCAACCCUUAUCAUAUGAUUUUUAUAAUUCUGACUUAAUUUUUAAGCCUGAGAUCAAUAAGAAAUGUUCAGAAGAAAGAAAAGGGAAGAAUUGUUCCCCACGAUAUAUAUUUAGAGAGAGAACACUUGAACUUGUCGUUUGAAAAGUAUAUUUCAUAAAUAGUAUGGGCCACAUACUCCGUUCAGUUGCUCAAGGUCCAGCAGCUGAUCCUGGUGGUACCUGGGCAAGGACAGAGCCCUGUGCUGUAAGAAAGCUUGACUCAAUUUGAUUUCAUUCUUUCUUUUUUAUUUUUCCCCCUUUCCUGCAGGACUAGCUGUUUGCUAAUUUUGUCAAGCACAGCUGUGGUGGGAAGAGUGGGGCCAGUGUCUUGAAAAUCAAUCAAGUAGUGAGCAUGAUCUCUUUACAGAGCUAUACAUAGAAACAGCUGGAAAACUAAAGGAAAAAUACAAGUGUUGUCAGGGCACACACUUUUUUCUGGGUGAGCAUCUGUUGGAGUGCUCAAGACUGUCUUGCCUAUUCAAUCACUGUAAGUGCCCCAUUCAGCUCCUAUUUCCCCAGGUGUUCCAAGGAAUUGAUCUUGCUUUCACUACAGUUAAAAUGUACUCCUUUCCAAUCAUGUCAUUGAAAGUGCCUUUAACUAGAGAAAUGAUCACUGGAUGAGGAUUCUCUUAAGAAACCCUAAGAUAAAAUAAAGAGAAGAUUAUUUGGACCACCUUAAAUGAAAGCUUAGAACCUCCCGGUGUAGUGGGGAUUUUUUUUCUUCCCUUUCUCUUUUGAACGGUGGUUAAAUAGCAGUAUUAGUUAGAGGCUUGGUUGCAGUGUUCUUAUCUUGUGGGCUGGUUUUCAAAAACCACAUGCUGCUGAAUUUACCAGGGAUCCUCAUACCUCAGAAUGCUAACCACUUACUACCAGGCCUGUUUCUGUGUCAGCUAGAGAGCUUGAGCUAAGACUCAAAGAUGAAAGGGCUCUUUGGUUUGAGGACCAUUGCUCACCCUCCUGCCUUUGACCCAUCACUCCCUAUGUCCCCAUCUCUCCUCCCCACUGCCAAAAAAAAGUUUAUCAUGGAUCAACAGAUUGCCAGUCCUUAUCAAAGAGAGGGACAUAGAACGAGCUGAAGAAACCAUCUUCUGUACCCAACUCACUUUACCUGUAUUUUACGUAACGGGAAACUGACUUUUUUGGUCCCUUUCAUACAGAUGGACCUCUUUUGAGAAGAAUUGUUAUAUUCUAAAUUUUUAGCCCUCAGGUUACUAAGAUAAAUAUAUAUAUAUAUAUAUCUAACCUUUAUUAUUUCAUAUAUCUUUCUGGAUAAUUCAUUCAGGUGGUGCUGGGUGAUUAUUAUAAUCUGAACCUAGGUGUAUCCUUUGGUCUUCCAGAAUCAUGUUGAGGUGGGCUGCUUGGCCUGGUAAAAAGCCAGAUAUCGUGUAACUUCACCCCAGCCUUUGCAUCGAGCUCUUGAGAGUGGAUACACUCUUUUAACCCUGAUACAAGGGAAUAGAAAUUCUCUGCCUUCCAGAUUUCCCACUUUUAUUGUUAAGAAGACCAGAGUGGGGAGGGUAUAGCUUAGUGGUAGGGCAUGUGCUUAGCAUGCACAAGGUCCUGGGUUCAAUCCCCAAUACUUCCACUAACAAAAAAAUGAAAACACAGGAGACCAGAGAUAAUUAAUAAUGCCACCAACCCUGGCUUGGAGAGGGCACAUCAUGAAUUGUGUGGCAAGAGAGCCUCGCAGCUCACUAGGUACAGAGAACCCAGGCCUUAUUUUAAAGUCAUGCACUUAGAAAGCAAACCUUCAUCUGCUAAGACAGCAACUUCUGGAUGCUGGGUGCUCAUCAGUAAGCAUUGUACUCUAAUCUCUAAUGAUCCCCCUGGACAAUUUUUUUUUUUUUUUUUUUUGGUUAAAAUCAAGCCUGAGGCUGGUGAACAGUAGCUACACACCCACACUGUGUGUUCUGUGAAUGCUAGCUCUCUUGAAUUUGAAUACUGGUUAUUUUUUAUAGAGUGUAAACCCAGUUUUAUAUUCUAUAAUGCAAACAGGUACCUUAUCUGUUUCUAAAUAAAACUGUUUACAUUCA